AUGGGCCCGAGGCUCUUAGUAGUUACGUCUGAGGAGUCCUCUGCCACCGCAGGGGUCCAUGCUAUCGACAUCCGGCCCGGGUCCUUGGUCGGUCUGAGUGAUUCCUCGCAAACGACAUAUGAAGAGACGGUUGACCGGAUUGCCUCCCACUACGGGCUGCAGGCUGAGGAUAUCAUCGGCAUCCUACCCACCACACAGUUCCAGCGUGACUAUCUCCUUCGGAAGGAAUGCAACUAUUUCGUCCUGGACAUCCCAGGGCCGGUUGUCGUAGAUCGAAUCCACAGCGCCGUUGAUGCAGUGAUGAGGAAAUACAGCGCGCCGCGUACCGUCUUGGUUCCUCUACGCAACACUCUGGUGCAGGUGCUCUUACGUCGGGCUGACAGUCCUGUCCGGCAUUUCUCCACGUCAAAAUUGCAGCUUGCAUCAUACGUGGAGCAGCUGGUGCGCGCAGACUCGCGGGUGUGCGUGCCGUACGGCGCCCUUCACUUCCAGGCGACGCUGGUCUCCGCCGACGACGACAGCCACCAUUUCCUCGUUCUUUGUCUGUCUCACGCACAGUAUGACGGCUUCUCGCUGGCACGACUCUAUCUUGACCUGAGCGCCGCAUACGGCGGUCGUGCCCUUGCCUCUGCCCCGGACUACGCGACCAACAUGGUCCACCGUCACCGUCACCUUACGACAUCCCCCUUGCUCGAUUUCUGGCAGGAGUAUCUUGCCGGCUCCUCGGUGACAAAGCUUCGCCCCGUGCAAGACAGCAAGCAACCGGAGACCGCCAUCCACCUGCACCAGGAAGUCCGCGUGCCUGCUUUGCCGGACGGCAUCACCAUCGCCACGCUCUACAAGGCGGCGUGGGCGCUCGUCCUCGCGCGGCACACGCACACCGCAGACCUCGUCUUUGGCCAGGUCGUCAACGGCCGCAGUCUUCCGCUGGACGGAAUCGAAGAGAUCCUCGGGGCUUGCUUCCAUGUUGUCCAGGCCGACCAUAUCCAGGCCCUGCCCUACGAGACAGUCGACAUGGACGAGCUCAUCGCCCGAUGCACAGACUGGAACCCCUUGACCCGGCUGGAGACUGUUACACAGCACCAAAAUGUGCCUGUCAACCCCGAGUUCCGGUUCGCUGGCGUCAACUGUACCACGUUUGGAUACGAGUUCAACUACAUGCCCUGCGAGCUUCGCAUGGUUGACGAGGAGACAGCUGCUCUGCUCUUGGAUGGGCUGUGUGAGAUGGUUGUCAGGCUUGCGGAACAUCCAGAUGCAAUGGUGACUGGGCUGAUGUAG